AUGACCCUCCAUCGGGACCGACUUCCCUCGGUGGGGCUCUCUCGGAGCCAGUCUCUAAAAAUGACGUCUUCUACGCGACCUGGACAGUGUGAACGGCGGUUCCGGUCUUGGCAUCGCCCACCACUGCCCAGCCCAAGUGGAAACAAGCUCUCUAAGAAGCUGAGAGCACCGGAAUCACACACACACACACACACACUGACAAUCGUCGAUCCCCCUUUACCGGAAGGAGGCCUUGUUGUCGGGAGACAACUAAUUAUGGUAUACAGCAUGCUACCAACGCAGGACGACAGAUCAAAAGAGAAGGAGGAAAUGGAGUGGAAGCGGUGA